AUGUUCUCUCUCUUUUCCCUCAGUGAACAGAGCAUCUGCCAGGCGCGGGCCUCGGUGAUGGUCUACGACGAUGCCAGUAAGAAAUGGGUGCCCAUCAAGCCUGGGCAGCAGGGCUUCAGCCGCAUCAACAUCUACCACAACACUGCCAACAACACCUUCAGAGUGGUGGGCGUCAAACUGCAGGACCAGCAGGUGGUGAUCAACUACUCCAUAGUGAAGGGCCUGAAAUACAAUCAGGCCACCCCGACCUUCCAUCAGUGGCGUGACGCCCGCCAGGUCUACGGGCUGAACUUUGCCAGUAAGGAGGAGGCCACCACCUUCUCCAACGCCAUGCUGUUCGCCCUCAAUGUCCUCAGCUCACCCGACGGUGGAGGUCCAGUUGUCCAGCGUCAAAAUGGGCCCUCCUCAGAGGAAAGCGAGGCACAGAGGAGGAUGAUGGAGCAACAUCAGAUGCACAAAGAGAGGGAGCGACGAACGUCAGGAUCAGUCGUUUCCACUCUCCAAUAUAAAGUCUCCACCCCACCCACCCACCCAGACACUCCUCCUGAGUACAGACAGUACAGGGCUAGCACACUGCCACCCUCCUACGUCCGUGUGGCCUCUUCCUCUCCUCCCUCCUCCGCCUCCUCCUCUCCCUCUCAGGAGAAAGAGGCGGGGGCUGCUAGGGACAAGGCUCAGCUCUCCUCUCAGCUCUCCACCUCACUCGCCUCAGCCUUUUCCCCAGUCCAGGCAGGAGUGACCACCCAGGGCCGACAGGUCCGUCAGAUCCCCCUGUCUCCUCCCACAGCAGCCCGCCACCUACACCUUCAACAACAACUGCAGCAACAAGACAUCAUGCUCCCCCCUAAACACGGCACCUGGUCCGCCUCCCAUUUGCAACAAAUGUACGCCCAGUUGCCCCCUUCCUCCUCCCCUCCAGUUAUGAUGGCCAUGCCUGUGAAGCAGGGUUUGCCCUCACAGCCCGUCCUGCCGAUGGCUCAUCCCCUCCCACCCCUGAGCACUAGGAUGAAGCCCCCACCUCUUGACCCGAGCUCCAUGACAGGCCCUCACCAGUACCCCCAGCACCAGCCCCACCCUCACUCCAACGGCCAGCCAGACGACUCCUACUCUCCUCAUUCUCAGCAUCUGCCACUCACCCCACAGUACUGCGAGGCCGUCCCCAUGCCUCCUCUGAUAGGUCAGACAGCCCCAGGCCCCGCCCCUAGUCACCAACCCCAGUACGCAUCCACUUUCCACCCUCAGCAGCAACAGCAUCCGCAACAACAACAACAUCAGCAGUUGUUCUACCAACAGGCCCAGCCCCCCACCACUACUACCUCCUCUUCCUCACCCCCCUCUUACACUGCCAUGUCUGAUGGGGGCUCGCCCAAGAAGACCCCCUCCCCCGUCCCCCAGCAGGCCCCCGUGGUCAGCAGCAGCCCCCCUGUCUCUGCAGGUCACCCAUCUAUGCUUUCUGUGGCGCCUCCUCCAGCUGCAGUUCCAGCACCCAUGGCUGGUCCUCCAGCCCCACCACCACCACCAGGUCCACCUCCCCCAAUGGCAGUGCCCCCACCCAUGCCCCCUCCACUGCCCACUGGUGGAGGGCCUCCUGGGGGCCCACCUGGGGUCCAGCACCAACCUUCAGGACUAGCUGCAGCACUGGCGGGAGCCAAACUACGUAAAGUGCAUAGGGAUGAGAGCAGUCCGCCCGGGUCUAGUGGCAAAAGUGACUCCAACCGGUCUAGUGGUGGCAGUGGUGGUGGUGGGGAAGGACUGAUGCAGGAGAUGAAUGCCUUACUAGCUCGCAGACGGAAAGCUUCAGAAAAACCUGAUGAAGAUGACUCCAGUGGUCGAGGGCCAGGUCAUCAGAACUCAACAGAUGCUGUGAAGAAGCCAUGGGAACGAUCCAACUCUGCAGACAAGUCGUCUCUGGUGUCCAGGGUGAGACCCAUUGGCAGCACUAGUGAAGCUGACACAGAAUUUGACAGGAUGAAACAGGAAAUUUUGGAUGAAGUUGUACGCGAGUUGCAUAAGGUGAAAGAUGAAAUCAUUAACGCCAUCAGACAAGAAAUCGGCAGAAUCAGUACAUCCUAAUCUCAUCUGAGCAACAGUAGGAGAGCAAGAGGAGGAGCUGGAGGUGGAUGGACAUGCAGAUGCACAGACGUGAGGACCAAGGAAUGUUCUCUCAAUGUUUCUGUGACCUCGCGAUGCCAUGAUGCAAGUUGCAGAGAUGUUGUGCCAACAUUUGAGUCUGCUGGACAGCGAAAAAAUGGAAGAAAGAAACAGAGAAGAAGCGAGAAGGGGGUUAAUGAGAUAGAGGAGCAGAAGGAACAGAAGGAUGGAUAAAGAACGAUUAAAAGGACUGAUGAACUCAAACAGAGGAUGAGAAUGUACUAAGAUGAAAGGAUGGACGGACGUUCGUGCUGAGUUUGGUGUUGUGGUCCUCUCUGUGCACCUAUAGACUCAGUCAGCCCAGUUUUGCAGCUCUUUGUUCUCUGUUCAGUCCAAGUCUUAAGAAGAAAAUAUUUUUGUUUUCUAAGUUUUUACUGUUUUAUUAUUUAAAAACUGUGGUGAUAAUGAUGAUGCUGUUGAUUACAAUGAGUAUUUUAUUGAUAUUAUAGAAGGAGAAAGGAAUCUUGCACAGCAUUUAUGUCAGCCUUUUAUAUUUUCUAUUAUUAUUUUGUGGUUAGUUUAUCCCUAACUAUUUGAUGAUAACAAGCACAAUACGGGCAUCAUGGUGCUGCAGACUCACCUGCCCCAGACUGGCAUAUAUAAAAAAAAAACAAAAAAAAAAAGAAACUGGCUUUUUAUGACCUUGU